AUGCUGGACGUGAAGAUGACGAUCUUCCAGGAGGAACGGCAUAUUGUCACACGUGCCAACUUCGUACUGCCAAGCCGUUACGGCUGUGGCAACUAUGCGCAGAAAUGUUCUGUUCCUCGCGCGGUUGAAUGCGUGCGUGAAUGA